GCCGGUCAAGAUGGCGGCCGGGCAGGGGGGCGGCGGCGGCAACAACGGCAGCGGGAGCGGCAGCGCGGCCGGGAGCGGAGCGGCGGGGCUCGGCAUCCCCGCGCACCUGACUCUCUCCUUCUCGUCGGGGCCGCACUGGGGCGCGGCAGCUCUGCCGCAGUCGCACACGGUGCGCAGCCUGGAGCGGGCCCUGGAGGAGGCGGGCAGCUCGGGCAUCCUGUGCCUGAGCGGGAGGAAGCUGCGCGACUUCCCCGGCAGCGGCUGCGACCUGAGCGACACCACGCAAGCAGAGCACCUCAGGCGUGGCUACGGAGAAGCUCCUCCUUUGGGAACACUGUGAGCCUGGGGGAACCUGCCAAGAAACACACUGAAGCUGAGCCAGCUGGCCAAGGCUACCUGUUGAUGAAGAUCUCUGGUUGGUGAUGGAGUCCAUGGAUGGAGGAACUUCACAGGAUGUUGUUAGACAGACACAUCUGGCUGAAGGAGGGAUGGCAGCUGUCAGCUGUGAGGUGAGGGCUCCUGCUUGUGCUGCUCAUGGCUUGGACAUGAUGGUCCUUUGAAAGAGAUGGUGAGAACAGAAAUGGCUUCAUGCUCAGAGCUUUGUUUCUGUGUUGUUUUUAUGCCCCGGAGAAGAGAUAGCCUUUUAAAUGAACUCCCCAUAAGUAUCCUUGCACUUCUGCUCUUUCUCUUCUAGUACUCUUUCAUACUGUUGUUGUACUCUGUUGCUCUCUCUUUUGUUUGCUGUUCUCCACUUUACUUUGGACCCUUUGUCUGGAGUUUGUCUGCACUGCACUCCUUGCCUGUCAAAGCAAAGUUUUUACCCUCGUGUUUUUUGAAUAAAAACUCUGUUAAACCUCAA